UCAUUAUCAAUCGCAACUAAUCGUCUUCUAGUUGUUCUGUGGUUUCUGUUUCCGGAUCGUUUGAUUUUUCUGAUUCUUGGCGUUUCAAUAAUAAAAUACGUACAAAAUUAACUGUAUCAAUGAUUUUUUGAAUGUUUCGUCUCAGUUCAGAAAAGAAAUCUGAUAUGCAGGUCCCCGUUCGAUAUACGAAAAAUCUUUUUUUGCGUUUCCUCUGUAUAGUAUAUCUCUUUGCAUUCGUUUCAUUUUAUAUACAAGCUCCAGGGUUAUAUGGAGACAAUGGUGUUUUACCUGCUAGGUCCCUCUUAGAGAAUAGUAAACAUAAAACAUUGUCAGCCAAAAUUCAUUAUCAACCAACGUUACUCUGGUUAGCCCCAUACUUGGGACUAGAUAUUCAUUAUGCACUGGAUGUUCUAUCUCUACUAGGAAGUUUCUUAGCAUUUUCUGGAUUGAUUUCUCAGAAACUUUGUACAUUACCUCUUUUUGCUGGUUUAUGGUCUCUAUAUUUCUCACUAUAUCAAAUUGGACAAGUGUUUGUGGCAUCUAAUUAUGAUGAUUUAUUAUUGGAGGUUGGAUUUAUUGCUUUAUUAGUGGCACCUGUGCUGCCAGGAAAGAAGAGGGGACAAAAAGGAUCCAUAAAUGAUAGCAUACGGUUCUGGUUGCUUCGAUGGAUGCUCUUCAGAUAUUUGGUAACAUCAGGCAUUAUCAAAUUCAUAAGUGGAUGUCCCAAAUGGUGGAGUUUGACAGCACUGAAUUAUCAUUUCCAAUCGAUGCCCCUGCCAUCACCUUUAUCAUGGUAUGCGCACCAACUACCAGAUUGGUUUUUGAGGUUAACAAGUGUCUACACUAAUGUUACGGAAAUUGUGCUGCCUUUCUUAUUUUUCAUUCCUAUGAGAAAUGUCCGAAUGACCGGAUUUGUUUUCCAAACAUUCCUACAGUCCUGCAUUUUUCUAACUGGCAAUUUCAGUUUCGCCAACAUGUUAGUGACAUCACUUCUUCUCUCUUUGUUGGACGAUAAAUGUUUCUACAGGACCAAAAAGAGCGAAGAAACAUCUUACGUUUCGAAUAUUGUUAACAUCCUGAUAUAUGGUGCUCUGUUUUAUGGUACAGUGACAGUUUUCUCUUUGAAAAUUGAAGGAUCUGUGGUUGAGUCCAAAAUUGCAUUUACUAAGGAUAAUUUUGAGAUGGCUGUGAGAUUGGGAAUAAGUUUUGCAUUGUAUUAUGGUCUUUCAACUCUGGCCCUUACCAUUUUGGGCUCUCUAGCAGAUGUUCUUUUCGAGAACCAUUCAUGGAUGAAGAAGUUAUGGUCUUUCGUGAAAACUAUUCUAUUUUCCCUUCUUGUACUAAUGGUUUUCUUCUCUUCAACAGUACCCUUGACUUCUCUACAUUCGUCGACCAAUUCAACUGUUCAUCCAACUAUCAGAAACACCUACAACCGUUUGCAUAAGAUACGUUUGAUUAAUGAUUACUUGUUAUUCACCAAAAUGACUGGUGUCGAUGGACGGCGUGAAAUCGUUUUGGAAGGGUCAGAUAGUCCUGACGGACCCUGGGUAGAAUAUAACUUUUUGUACAAACCUGGUAACGUCAAUCAUUCAAUGCCGUUUGUGGCUCCAUAUACACCGCGAUUGGACUGGCAGAUGUAUUGGGCUGCUCAAAGUACAUAUGAAAAACAACCUUGGCUUUUAUCUCUGACUCAUCGUCUUUUACUCGGAACACCCGAAGUCUUGAGUCUUUUGGAUAUAAACCACUCUCCCUUCGUGAAGAGGCCUCCUAAAUAUAUAAGAGGGGUACUUUACAAGUAUAAAUACACUUCGUGGGAUCAAAGGUCUCAACAAAGCUGGUGGACUAGAGUUCGACAAAAUGAAUAUUUCCCAGCGUUUUCGAAAGAUUCUCCGACCCUGACCGACUAUUUGAAAGCGAGAAAUUUAAUACCUACAACACCAAAAUAUGCUCCCAAUCCGAUAUGGAAGCAGAUUCUAGACAAAAUUCGAUAUGUAGCUAGUCAUAUGGAGGCCACAUUGUUGUUGUGGUCUGUUUUUACAGCAGGAUGUGCUAUCAUAAGUACAUCUGCAAAGAACAAAUAAGGUUGAGCUGACUCUAAAUAAAAUUACAACCAACCAAACCACUUACGUUUGUUGUUGGAUAUUCAUUCACUUACUCUUUUUAUAAUAACUAAUUGUGCCAAAUAUUAUUUGACUGUCUUUUGUUAAAUCAAAAUUCAUUUGACGUAAAAAUAGAAGUUUAGGAAACAUACUCCUCUUUCUUUUCAUAGGACAUCUAGCUUGAGUCAAGAUAAGAUACAAUAGUUGUCGCUUUCAUUCAAUUUGCUACUCACAUCGUAGAAAGUUGGUAAUUUUUCUUUCCAUUCAAAAAACUCAACUCAGAUUUCCUUCGCUUCAUGUACUGGUUAGUCGAAUUUUUACAAAUUUCUACCUCAUACUUGUGAUACGCUAUCAGUUUAGAUUAUUUCUUGACACUUUAACUACUCUCACUUAUUUUAGCAAAAUCAAUCAGCAAUAAAAAAUUCAGGAAACAGUAUAUUUUUAUAAACUUUUCACUUCAUGAAAGAGUAGUGGUGAAUGAAUAUCUUCAACAUUUGUUUUUGAAGCAUGUGUUAAAAAAAAUUUGAAAUCUUUUUUCACCUUGUGGAAACCUUGUCCUUAGUUACACCAAAUGUGCUAUACUGUUUGCGGAUUUCUUCAUUUGUAAAGCACAAUCUUAACGAUUUGAAUGUUAUUUUACAAUCAUUAUAUUUUUUUCAAUGUUCAAAUCAUGAAAAUAUUGAAAAAGAUUUCUCAACCUCCAUUUCUGUUACGAAGUUAGGGUUAUUAUCAUGACAAGAUUUGGAAGAGCAUUAAGGAUCUUAUUCUAUUUAAAGAACUACUCUAUAGACUUCAUUAAUUUUUCUACAUGUAUAGUGGAUUUUAUCGUACUGAUCGUUUUUAAGUGUAAUUGCAUUCACAUUUAAACUAUAUUUGGAAUUUGAGUUCUCGUUAAAUUGUAUUUGGAAAUAAUUCUCACUAAGGUUCAAUUUUGUGUUCAGUUUGUAAUUAUUGUAAGAGAGACUUUCUCAAAGUCGUACAUGUAAUCUGUAACUUUUCAACCUUACCAAUCAUAAUUUUUUCAAUUCAUGGAAAUAUGUUUCACAAAUUUUUUGUUUCAUAUUCGAAUCACUGUAUAUUUCGUCUCUUUUGUCGAUGCAAUUGUAAAGAAUCAUGUAUUUAGAAUUUAUUUUUCUUUCAUGCACAACUAUUUAUUGGUUUUAGGGUGUAUUCACAGUUUUGUUAUUAUAUUACUAUUUAUUUGUAAAGAAAAUUUUGAGAAGUGCAUUUUAUACAUAAAUCCGUCUAUAAAUUAUGUUGAAA